UUACAGUAUUGCAAUGGUGGUGAUCUAGGAGAUUACCUGCAGGGCCAAGGAACACUGAGUGAAGAUACCAUUAGAAGCUUUUUGAGACAGACAGCCAGUGCAUUGAAAGCACUUCACAGCAAGGGAAUAGUACACAGGGACCUGAAGCCGCAGAACAUGCUCCUUGGUAGUGGUAGUAGUCUGGUCAAGCCAUCAUCUAUAACCCUAAAGAUUGGUGAUUUCGGUUUUGCUCGUUUUCUUAAUGAUGGAGUGAUGGCUGCAACGUUGUGUGGAUCGCCCAUGUAUAUGGCCCCAGAAGUGAUAAUGAGCCAUCGUUACGACAGUCGGGCUGACCUAUGGAGUGUCGGGGUCAUAGGUUACCAGUGUUUGACGGGGCGAGCCCCAUUCCAUGCAUCCACUCCUGCCAACUUGAAGCAGUUGUACGAGAGGCACAAGAAUAUUCAACCGAGUAUUCCCAUAGGAACCAGCUUUGAGUUGAAGAAUCUUUUGAUUGGUCUGCUGAAAAAGGAACCAAAAGAUAGAAUUAAAUUUGGUUGGUUGGUUGACUGA